AUGGAUUUUCUUUCCGCGUUCGGGAACCUGCCGACACGUGGACAAGCCCUCCUUCUUCUCGACUUUCAGAACGACUUCGUUCGCUCAAAUGGCGCUCUCCAUGUGCCAAACGCGGCGGAGGUCAUAGAGAUCCUUCCACAGCUUGCGAGCGCUUUCCGUCGGACGGGUUAUGUCGUCUGGGGCCGCUCGUAUUAUGAGUCACGACAAUCGCUGCGCAGCGCUGACGGCCAGGACCUGGUCGUUAUCAACCGCGCCGAGGAUGAAGUCAAAAAGCAAACUCAUCUUGAGUUGAACGGCGCAGUCCACGAAGAGGCUUUUCUUUCGACCGACCCUCCCCGCUGCUGUCUUCCUCAAACUGCUGGAACUCAAUUCCCCGCCCCGCUACUCGCCGCUAUCGAUACCGAGUCGGAUAUCCUGAUAGAGAAAUCAGAGUACUCGGCCCUGUCUCCGGCGCUUGUUCUCUCAUUGCGCACUCGUUUUGUGACGGAAAUCUAUCUCUGCGGGUCUUUAUCUAACGCCUCAGUACACGCUACUGCACUUGACGCCGUCCGUCACGGUUUUUCUCUGUAUCUGAUAGAGGACUGUUUGGGCUAUCGGAAUUUCUCUCGUCACGAGGAGACUAUGCGGCGCAUGGCUGAUGUAUUGGGAGCAAACGGCAUUACCUCGGAGGAGCUACUAGAACAGCUGGACAGGGACGAAACCGAUCAAAUUGCACGCGAGCCCCGACUGGCACGACCGUUACGCCCGGUUGGCAUUGAAGGGGAUUUAAAAGAACUGGACGUGAAGCCCAACGACGCCUUGAACCGCACGCCGGAUAGUCCCGAGCCACCUUUGAGACGUCAGAGACUAGAGGAUAUCCUGGCCGAAAUGUCAGACGACGACCAUGGUCAUCUUAAGGAGCUGGCUGAACUAACUCGUGGACGAAUACGCUCAUAUCAAGUUAAGCGAGAUGCACAAUCCCACAAGCCAGGGUUGGCAGAAAGUCCGGCGCGAAGUAUGCGCCGCAAACGACCUGAUCAAAACCAGCGCGAUCCUGCGCGGGCAGAACAACGCCGAGUGAGGAAGUCGAAGCCCGCUAUGAAUAUCUGUCGCCCCGGUGAUGUGAUCGGAGAGGGUGACUCCCGCAUUGUGUAUGAGUUGGAUCUGCCAGAGAAUGCCUUUGAACUCAUUCGCAACGAAGUUGCUUGGCAGAAGAUGUACCAUAUGUCCGGGCAGGUGCCUCGUCUCGUUGCCGUCCAGGGAAAACAUUCGCCACGCGGAUUCAUACCAAUUUACCGUCAUCCUGCAGAUGAGUCGCCUCCGCUUCAGCCUUUUACUUCGACGGUAGACCAGGUUCGCGCUAUUGUGGAACGUAUCCUUGGUCACCCCCUGAACCAUGUCCUUAUCCAACUCUAUCGUGACGGACAAGAUCGAAUCUCAGAACAUUCGGAUAAAACGCUUGACAUUGUCCGUGGCUCAUCCAUUUGCAAUGUCAGCCUUGGCGCCCAGCGAGUCAUGGUGCUCCGUCGGAAGGGCUCUGAAAAUGCAGAAGGCAACGGCAGGCUCACACAACGUGUGCCGAUGCCGCACGAGUCGCUUUUUGUGCUAGGCGAGAAGACGAAUUCUCGCUGGCUACAUGGCAUCAAGCCCGAUAAGCGUCAGGAGUCCGAGAAGUCGAUGGAGGAGCGCGCCUUCGGAGGCCAAAGAGUUUCGCUUACUUUCAGACAAAUCGGUACCUUCUUAGACCCGACUGGCGAUACGAUAUGGGGUCAAGGUGCUGUGUCCAAAAGCCAGGACGAACCGCACCCCGUGGUCCAUGGCAACAGUGAAGAAACCGAGCAGCUGGUGCGUGCUUUUGGGGAAGAGAACAGGACCACUGACUUUGAUUGGGAGGCUGUUUAUGGCAAAGGCUUUGAUGUGGUCAAUUUUGUCACAGCCACUACUACGGAACUGGUUCUAUGCGAGGACGAGGUAGCCAACCUGCGGGUUCAGCUUGGCUUAGGCGAAAACAGUAUCAGAUACGACCUCGUGCCACUUGAUGUCAUUGGGGCACAGGGCGAGACGGGGCUGCCCUUGUUUAUCGACUCUGACGGUACGAAAAUUGCUGGUGAUCAGGCGAUAUUGGGCUAUCUGGCGCAGCGUCCCCCUGACUCAGCACGAGCAGGCGUAGAGGUGUUGCGCGGUGGCGACAAGUUACCCGAAAUCGAUGACCUACUUGUGAAAUGGCGGGAGCAUCACGGAGGCAGCGAAGAGGUAGUUUGUGAUGCACUAUCCCCAUGGGAAGAAGCUCUAACCGGUCAACAUUACCUCGGUGGGAGCACAAUAGCGAUCGAUGACUGCGCACUCUGGCCAGUUUUGAGAGAAAUCGUCCGGGGCUCAGGGCCCCUCUCAGAGAAGACGCAUCCAACCCUAAUUCAAUACUAUAACCGAGUUGGAAAACGCGGUGUUGUCAGAGCAAUCUUUGAAGAAGCGAAAUGA